UCGCUCCACAUACCCUGCACAGCCAAGUUUGACUGCACAUCGUUAUAUAAUCUCUUAGGUACAGAGGAUUCUACUUGUCGAUGAUAAACAGGGAUGAAACUUUUUUAAGAAUAUCAUUUUAUGACAUCAAUCUAUCAUAACACAAUCGUAACGACAUCAAAUCGCAAAGUCAAGUCACAAGCCGCAGUGCAUUGCAAUCUAUGUACGAAGCUCAGAACAGAACAAAACACCCAAUAUACAAAAACAAAAAGCACAGAAAGAAUAACUCCAAACAGGUGACCAGACCCAUUAGUUUAUGACAAGUAGUAGUAUUUGUUCAACGUUCACGGUGAUCCACACCUCCGACUCGAUUCUUUCCAGUUGAAUGAGCUGGAAGUCCAAGUCAACAGAUGCAGAUGCAGUGUUGACUCAUGCCUCGCCUCGCGGCGGUUCAAUUCAUUUAGAACAGAGGAGUAGAGACAGCGACAGAGGUCGAGCUGGCAGGGGUGCUGCUGACCGGCGAGCUCGAAGGAGUAGGGAAGCCGAACUGGCGCUUCUCGAAGAGAGCAGAGGCGCUAGGGGUAGCGCUCGACGAGGGAGUAGCGCUCGACGAGGGGACGUAGAUGGAGCCGUACUGGCGCUUCUCGAAGAACGGAGAGCUGGAAGGAGUAGCGCUCGACGAGGGAGUGGCGCUAGAGGAGGGAGUGGGGUGGAAGUUGUAAGGAGGGGGAGGAGGGAAGGCAGGGUCCUCGCGCUUGUAGAUGGCAGAGCUGGUGGCAGCGGGGGUAGAGGAGGAAGAGGGAGAGGCGAGGAUCUGACGCUUGUAGAUGGCGGAGGUGCUGCUGGGGGUGGGCGAAGAGGAGCUGCCGAACUGGCGCUUGAAGACGAUGGCAGAGCUGGUGGGAACAACCGAAGACGUGGGAGUAGCAGAGCUCGACAACUCGACGGGAGCGGGCGAACCUCCGAACACCUGAGGCUGAGGAAGGGCGACAGCAGCGCCGAAGAAACCAGCGAGAGCGAAACCGGUGAGCUUCAUUUUGUUGAUGUGGUUGUGAUUUGGAUGGUAACUUUGGAUAAGAUUUGAAGUUUGAGAUUUGAGGACAGAAUAUCUAGGGAAGAGGAAACGGAAGUGCUGAACCGGAAGCCAAAGGUCUUUAUAACCGCCAGAACAGGGGAUCAACCGGUGACGCUAUGAUAGGCCCAAAAAAGACCAGCCACUACUGCAACUGACAACAUCUCG